CCUCCCUACUUUAAGAUGGAGCCGGUCCAGACCCAGGUUCAUCUGGAGCGUAACAGACUGGUUCUUACCUGUAUGGCUGAGGGCAGCUGGCCUCUGGAGUUUAAAUGGCUCUACAACGCCACUGAGCUCACGCGCUUCUCUCUGGAGUACAGGUACCUGAUCCCAUCUCUGGACCGCUCCCAUGCUGGUUUCUACAGAUGCAUCGUCAGGAACAGAGUAGGAGCCAUCAUGCAGAGCAGCACUGAAGUACAGGUUGCCUAUAUGGGUGAUUUUGUGGAGGGGGAGCGUUCCCAGACUGUGUCCCAGGGAGAGGCUGCUCUGAUCCAGGCUCCACGCAUCCACAGCUUCCCACGACCACAGAUUACCUGGUUCAGGGACGGACGCAAGAUACCCGCCAGCAGCCGCAUAGCCAUCACCCUGGACAACACUCUGGUCAUCCUGUCCAGUGUGGCUCCUGAUGCUGGACGGUACUACACCCAGGCUGUCAACGACAAGAACGGAGAGAACAAAACCAGCCAUCCUGUCCUACUGACUGUGGAGAACGUGGGGGGGCCUGUGGACCCCAUCACCCCCACCAUAAUCAUCCCUCCUAAGAACACCAGUGUGAACGCGGGGAGGAAUGAUGUCAUUAUGGAGUGUGUGGCCAAUGCUAGACCUCUGAUCAAGAUGGUUAUAACCUGGCGUAAGGAUGGUGUAGUGGUCAGUACAGGGAUACGUGACUUUGGCCGCAGGCUGACCAUCAGCCUCCCAGCGGUCAGUGACAGCGGUUACUAUGAAUGUGAGGCCACCCUCCGCAGCAGCACUGUGCCUCCGGUCAACGCAGGGGCCUACCUACAUGUUCUAGACCAUCCCCAGUUUGUGAAGGAGCCUGUCCAACACAUCAGUGCAGAGAUGGAGAAGGUGGUGGAUAUCCCCUGCCAGGCACGAGGUGUCCCCCAGCCAGACAUAGUGUGGUAUAAGGAUGCUGUGGUCAUCAGCCCAGUGAAGAUGCCCAGGUACAGGGUGUUAGUUGGGGGCAGUCUGCAGAUCAACGGUCUGUUACCUGACGAUACAGGGAUGUUCCAGUGCUUCGCCCGCAACCUGGCUGGAGAGAUACAGACAAACACCUACCUCGCUGUCACCAGUAUUGCCCCCAACAUCACGGCAGGUCCAGCUGACAGUGCUGUGAUUGACGGCAUGUCAGUCAUCCUCCACUGUGAGACCAGCGGAGCCCCGCGACCAGCUAUCACCUGGCAGAAAGGUGAACGUGUGUUGGCCAGUGGUUCUGUCCAGCUGCCCAGGUUCACCCUACUGGAGUCAGGCAGUCUACUGGUCUCCCCGUCUCACCUCUCUGAUGCUGGGACUUAUACCUGCAUGGCCAGCAACUCCAGAGGCAUAGACGAGGCUGCCGCAGAUCUACUGGUGUGGGCACGGACCCGUAUCACCAAGCCACCUGCAGACCAGAGUGUCAUCAAGGGGACCAAGGCUGUCAUGUCCUGUGGGGUGACCCAUGACCCCAGUGUGUCUGUCAGGUAUGUUUGGGAGAAGAGUGGUUCAGUGGUGGAUGUGAGCACCUCUCCCCGGCUCCGUCUGGACCCUGACGGGACCCUGCACCUCUCCCAGACCUGGUCAGGUGACAUCGGAACAUACACCUGUAGAGUCACCUCUGUAGGGGGCAACGACUCACGCAGCGCUCACCUCAGAGUCAGGCAGCUUCCCCAUGCGCCAGAGAUCCCCAGUGCAGCUCUGAGCCAGGUAGAGAAGAGGGCCAUCAAUCUGACCUGGGCUCAGGCCUUCGAUGGAAACAGCCCCCUGAUCCGAUACAUCCUGGAGGUCUCAGAGAACAAUGCCCCGUGGACAGUGCUCCUGGCCAAUAUUGACCCGGAGUCGACCGGGGUGACCGUGGGUGGUUUGAUCCCAGCACGGUCCUACCAGUUCAGGCUGUGUGCUGUCAAUGACGUGGGCAGGGGACAGUUCAGCAAGGAGACUGACCGACUCUCUCUACCGGAGGAGCCUCCCAGUGCCCCUCCUCAGACAGUGAUUGCCAGUGGUCGUACCAACCAAUCCAUCAUGAUCCAGUGGCAACCACCCCCGGAGAGCCACCAGAAUGGACCGCUCCAGGGAUACAUCAUCAGGUACUGUCUGUCAGGACUACCAGUGGACUGUCAGAUGAAGAACAUCAGCAGGCCAGAGCAGAAUAACCUCCUCCUGGAGGAGCUCAUCAUCUGGACUAACUAUGAGAUGGAGGUGGCAGCCUACAACAGGGCUGGGAGGGGUACCUACAGCCACAAGGUUACAGAGUGGACCCUGCAGGGAGUCCCCACUGUCCCACCAGGUAAUGUCCAGGCUGAGCCAUUCAACUCCUCUACAGUCAGGCUGACCUGGUCAGCUCCUAGCCCUCAGUUCAUCAAUGGCAUCAACCAGGGAUACAAGCUGUUGGCUUGGGAGGCGGGUCAAGAGGAGGAUGUUACCAUGGUGACAGUGAGACCUAAUUUCCAGGACAGCGUGCAUGUGGGCUACGUGACUGGACUGAAGAAGUUCACAGAGUACUACACCUCUGUCCUGUGUUUCACUACACCUGGAGACGGCCCUCGCAGCCCACCUCACAGACUACGCACUCACGAAGACAAGCCUGGUGCCGUUGGUCACCUGAGCUUCACAGAGAUCCUGGACACAUCUCUGAAGGUCAGCUGGAAAGAUCCCAACGAGAAGAAUGGAGUCCUCACAGGUACUGCACCUAGGAUAGUAUAGGACCAACACCCCCGGUUAGUCACCCACUACCUCGCUAACCUGACCCAGGAGUACCUCCCCCUAACCCGGGUCACCCUGACCCCCCUCACCACCUACACCAUCCAGGUGGCUGGGAUGACCUCCAACCCUCCCCCAGGUCAACUCUCUUCUACAAUAUCAUCUGGAGUUCCCCCAGAGAUGCCGGGCCCACCAACCAACAUAGCCAUCUCCAACAUCGGCCCCCGCUCUGUAGCCCUGCAGUUUAAACCUGGCUUUGACGGCAAGACGUCCAUCUCACGCUGGCAGGUUGAGGCACAGAUUGGUAUAAUCGGGGAGAAUGAGGAGUGGGUGAUGGUCCACCAGUUGCCCAACGAGCCUGAUGCCCGCUCCCUGGAGGUCCUGGACCUGAACCCCUACACCUCCUAUAGGUUCCAUCACCAGGUGAACAUAGUGGGGACCAGUCCUCCCAGCCAGCCCUCUAGGAAGAUCCAGACCCUGCAGGCACCUCCAGAUAUCUCCCCCUACAACGUCACCCUCCGAACAGCCUCAGAGACCAGCCUCUGGCUCCGAUGGGUGCCUCUUCCAGAGUGGGAGUACAAUGGUGACCAGGAGUUGGUGGGUUACCGGGUUCAGUACUCCAGAGAGACAUCUAAGGAAGGGGUCCUGUCCCACGUCAUCAGUGACCGGCUGGAGAGGGAGUUUACCAUAGAGGACCUGGAGGAGUGGACAGAGUACGAAGUCAGGGUUCAGGCCAUCAAUGGCUUGGGCUCUGGGCCCUGGAGCCAGCCUGUCCAGGGCCGAACCAGGGAGUCUGUGCCGUCCUGUGGUCCCACCAAUGUGUCAGCCUUCGCCACGACUUCCAGCAGCAUCCUGGUCCGCUGGGGGGAGGUCCCUCAGACUGACCGCAACGGACUCAUCCUGGGAUACAAGGUGGUGUAUAAGGACAGGGGUUCAGACUCUGUCCCUCAGUACUGGGAGGUGGAGGGGAACACCAGCCACAGUGUUCAGUUGAGUGGUCUGGGGAAGUACGUGCUGUAUGAGAUCCAGGUUCUGGCCUUCACACGGAUAGGAGAUGGCAGGAGCAGCAGGCCAUCCAUCCUGGAGAGGACCCUGGACGAUGUCCCAGGUCCUCCAGUGGGCAUCCUGUUCCCAGAGGUCAGGACCGGCUCAGUCAGGCUCAUCUGGCAGCCUCCUGCCCAGCCUAACGGCAUCAUCCUGGCCUAUCAGAUCACACACAGACGGAACACCUCCAAUAGCAACGCUGCCACUGUGGACGUGCUGAGCCCCAGUGCCCGACAGUAUACAGCAUCUGGACUGAAACCAGAGUCCGUCUAUGUGUUCCGCCUCACCGCUCAGACGCGCAAGGGCUGGGGAGAAGCUGCAGAGGCCCUGGUGGUGACGACAGAGAAGAGAGCGCGGCCCCAGCCAGCCAGCCGUCCCACAGUGCCCCAGGAGGACGUGCAGGCGCGCAGCGUGAUGUUGUCAUGGGAACCAGGUAGCGACGGCCUGUCACCUGUCCGAUACUACACGGUGCAGUACAGAGAGCUACCAGACAGUAACUGGACUGUCCACUCUGCAUCGGUCAACCACGAGGCCAGCUCCUACAUAGUGGACAGCCUCAAGCCAUUCACCUCCUACCAGUUCAGAGUGAAAGCCACCAACGACAUCGGGGACAGUGAGUACAGCCAGGAGAGUGAGGCUGUCACCACACUGCAGGACGCCCCAGACAAAGCUCCCACAAUCCUCUCUGUUACACCCCACACCACCACGUCGGUGCUGGUCCGAUGGGAGCCGCCUGCUGAGAAGCUGAUAAACGGGGUGCUGCUGGGGUUCAGGGUACGAUACCGGGAGUUACAAAACGACCGCCUCCGUAGCUUCACCAUACGAACCAUCAACAGCCCCGCCUCCAACUGGGCGGAGCUCACUGCCCCCUACAGUGUGAGGAACCUGAGCGAGUCCUCGCUCACCCAGUACGAGCUUGAUAACUUGAGUAAACACAAGCGUUAUGAGAUCCGCCUAAGUGUGUACAACGCCGUGGGAGAGGGACCUACCAGCACGCCACAGGAAGUGUUUGUAGGAGAGGCAGUUCCAACAGCCCCGCCCCAAUCUGUGACCAUCCAAUCAUCAACAGCCACCCAGCUGGAUGUCACAUGGAGCCCGCCUCCUCUUGACUCUCAGAAUGGAGACAUACAGGGGUACAAGAUCUACUUCUGGGAGUUCCAGCUGCAGAAUGAGACAGAGAGACUGCGUACCAUGUUCCUCCCAGAUCUCGGGGUCAAGAUUAAGAACCUGACUGGCUAUACCACAUACAUGAUCAGUGUAGCAGCCUUCAACGCAGCAGGGGACGGACCCCGGAGUCCCCCGACCAGGGGCCGAACACAACAGGCUGCCCCCAGCAGACCCAGCUUCCUCCACUUCAGUGAGCUGACCACCACGUCAGUCAACAUGUCGUGGGGAGAGCCAGGCCAGGCCAACGGCAUCAUCGAGGGCUACCGCCUGGUCUACGAGCCCUGCACACCUGUUGAUGGUGUUAGUAAGAUAGUCACAGUGGACGUGAAGGGCAGCACCCCCCUGUGGAUGAAGAUUAAGGACCUGGCUGACGGGGUGACCUAUAACUUCAGGAUCCGGGCCAAGACCCUCACCUACGGGCCGGAGGUGGAGGCUAACAUCACUACUGGACCAGGAGAAGGAGCCCCAGGCCCUCCAGGUGAACCCUUUAUCUCCCGGUACGGCACGGCCCUCACCCUACACUGGACCAGUGGAGACCCAGGCCGAGCUCCCAUUACACGCUACGUCAUUGAGGCCAGGCCCUCUGAUGAAGGACUGUGGGAUAUCCUCAUCAAAGACAUUCCAAAGGAAGUGACAUCAUACACACUGAACCUGGACAUGCUGAGAGAAGGGGUUACUUAUGACUUCCGGGUCAUUGGGGUCAACGACUACGGCUAUGGCUCCCCCAGUGCUCCUUCACCCUCUAUCUCUGCCCAGAAAGUCUCUCCCUUCUAUGAAGAGUGGUGGUUCCUGGUGGUCAUCGCUCUGGUGGGCUUAAUCUUCAUCCUCCUCCUCGUUUUCAUCCUCAUCAUCAGGGGCCAGAGUAAGAAGUACACCAAGAAGGCUGACUCAGGGAGCCACAGUAACAGCACCUCACUGCCCCUGUCCCAUGGGGAGAUGGUCAGGCUGGACGAGGGCCGUUUCCCCGCCCUGGAACUCAACAACAGACGCCUGUCAGUCAAGAACUCCUUCUGCCGCAAGAACGGCAUCUACACACGGUCUCCCCCGAGGCCCAGUCCAGGCAGUCUACACUACUCUGAUGAAGAUGUCAGCACCAAGUAUAACGAUCUGAUCCCUGCAGAGAACAGCAGCCUGACUGAGAAGCACUCUGAGAUAUCAGACUCACAGGGCAGCGACAGCGAGUACGAGGUGGAUCAGAACCGGGGCGGGCAACAGAAGACACACUCCUUCGUCAACCACUACAUCAGUGACCCCACCUACUAUAACUCCUGGCGCCGCCAGGAGAAGGGCGUCUCUCGCCCCCCGGCCUACGGAUAUACACAGCCAGAGCCGCUGCACCCCCAACCCCUGGCUGAGCAAGAUCCCAUCCAGCCCACCACCAACACCACCCCGAGACACCCUCCACCCCUGCCCCCACUACCCCCCCUGCUGCCCCGGGCCCUCUCUCCAUCCCCCCAGCCCCAGGGCCUCCAGGGGCUCCGUAGCCAAGGGGGUCUCAUCCAGGGUCUGGCACCCCAGGGUCAGGGCACACUAUUCAGGCCGAAGGGCAGCCGGACUCCCACUCCCUCGCUGCUGUCCUGUUCUGUGUCUGAACCCCCCAGCCAGCACGGGACCCUCCUGUACAGCAGUAGGCCUCCAAGCAGCUUGGGCUGUUCCUCCACCCAGCAGCCUCCUACCGCGGGCUUCUCCUCUUUCGUUUGAACCACGUUUAACACACUGCUCCCAGUAGGAACAUACAGUGGGGCAAAAA